UUCAUUCGUGAUCAGACAGAUUCAUCGGCUUAGCUGUUGUUGGCCACCGCCACACUAAGUUUUGCCAAUAUUAGAAGCAUUGAGUCACGGAAUCCAACAGACGCUUAUGGGCAAUUCCUCAUAAUCACAAGCUUGCAUCCCCCGUUUCAACAAAUACGUCUCGCCAUACAAUGACAGUUGUUGCUCAUAGGCUGCGACGGUUGCCUUGUCGUGAGCUAAGCGUGGAUCAUCAAGUGACUUGGUCGCCAAGGAUAUCGACCAAUCAACUUACACGCUGAAAGCGACGGCAUGCCUUCGGCUUCCGUCGCCUCAAAUCCAGGCCCGGUCAGCUUGUUAGAUCGGCAACGUUGAAUCACCAACAGCUAGGUAUCCAGCGUAACCGAUAUGUACAAUCAGACAUGUAGCACGUAGUAGAAUAAAGGGCAACUGUUCCCUCGAUGCCCUUCAUUGCUUUCCCUGUUCACCAACACUCUAAUCGCACGUGCUUCUGGUUCCAUGCCUGAAUGUGGCCAACUCUUACGCCCUUAUUUUGACAAGUAUCUUGAUGAGCUCUGCCUCGGGCUAGAAAACACUAGUUUCUGAGUUGUACUAUAAAACUAGCAUUACACAUCAUGAUUCUCUCGCCUCGUCAUACUCCUAAGUCUAGGUACUUAGCACCUGGCUCAAGUCCAGCAAUAACUGGCCGCAGAUACCGCAAUGGUCUGAAGGCUGAGCAGCAGCUGAAACCUUUGCCCUAUAUCCGCAAGGGAUCUCAGUUAAGACCAAAGCAUAUCACAUGUCGUCGGAAAACACAUAUAGUCCGCAUAGGAUGGGAUGGUGACGAGCGGGAAGACGGUCGCCGAUUAGCGUCUGAUCCAACCGUCAUGUUAUCCGGCGAAGGACAACGCCGUACGCCCCGUCUCGAGCGACAAGAGGCUUUCCGUGCCCCUCACAAUUGGGAAGAUGACGCUAUUGACGACGUCGCGCUCUAUCGUUUAGGCAUAUUAUAUGACGACGGCGAUAGCAAUAACCCACACGUGCGCGGAUCAGGCUUCUGCCUCGAUGCUAUCGUGCAUACAGAACCCACCUAUUCGAUUCGCCCCGCAAAGCGGGCAAGGAAAACUCAUAUCCCUCAACUGAAAGAAGAGGAUUUGCAUCUUUCAGUCAAUCUACUGUCUACGUAUCUUACCGAGGACAGUGCUGUUGCUCAUUUCCUCGAGUCCAUACGAGACGAGGUGCCCGUAUGGUUACAUAGAGGUGAAUACGAGGUCCCCCGAGUAUCAGCCGUGCCUCUCUCUAUGAUUGAAGAGCUCGUUGAGAGUGCCACACACUCGCGCGGACCAGCCGCGGCGAGCGAUUUUCCCGAAUUAGUUUCCGAUGUAGAAGAGGACGAAGUCGACGAAGAGUCUGAAGAGGGUGAUGAUUGGGCGUUGGUAUCGGAUCCCAGGGCCAAUGCCGUGUCAAUGGUCACCGAUAUUGAUGUGGCCAUAGAUGAUAGAGAACUAGUGAGUCCGGUCGAUGGUGCCUGGGUCUUUAUUGCUGGAGACGACUCGGAACAAGUCCGCUUAUGAUAUGGUGAGAUGGUGAGAU